UGACUUGGAGAACUGCCCUUACAGGCAGUCCAUUCACACAAGGAGCAAGGUGGGCAGACACCUCCUCAGUUAUUGAUUAUUAUCCUGGUAAUUAGUUAUUGAUUACCACUGGCUUGUUUCUGGGGGAGAUUGUACUGUAUAGACAUAAUUCAGUUUGGAGCUGAGUUCUGUCUUCAGCCAAAUCUCAUUAGAGAAUGGAAGAUUUAGCGAGAAAAAACACAUGUGGUAGAGCGACUGGCCAGACAAAAACAGACGAAUCACCUUCUCCUGCUGCUGGCGGUGUUGACUCAUGCUGCAGAUCCUUCCUCACAAGCAUCAAAUUCAGGAUAUCUGCGGAGUACAAGAAUGAAAUGAUUAAGUUUAUAAAACUGGCUGGACCUGUGGUCAUUUCACAGAUGAUGAGCUUCCUGAUUGGCUUCGUCAGCAUGGUGUUCUGUGGUCACCUGGGGAAAACAGAACUGGCUGGAGUGGCAUUAGCAAUUGCAGUCAUAAAUGUCACAGGCAUUUCCAUUGGCUGUGGUUUGGCAUCAGCAUGUGACACUCUCAUAUCUCAGACCUACGGGAGUGGUAACCUAAAAUAUGUUGGAGUGAUUCUCCAAAGGGGGAUUUUGAUUCUACUCUUAUCCUGUUUCCCUUGUUGGGCUGUGCUUAUUAACACACAGCCUAUUUUGUUGGCUGUUAGACAGAACAUGGAGGUUGCCAGAAUCUCUCAGCAGUAUGUGAAGAUCUUCAUGCCAGCUCUACCGGCUGCCUUCAUGUACCAGCUGCAGGGAAGGUAUCUUCAGAAUCAGGGCAUCAUGUGGCCUCAGGUACUAUGUGGAGCUAUGGGGAAUGUUUUAAAUGCAGUUAUCAAUUACAUUUUCCUCAAUGUCCUGGAUCUAGGGUUUACUGGAUCUGCGGCUGCCAAUGCUAUCUCACAGUAUUCCUUGGCUGUGUUCUUGUUUGUGUACAUUUGCUCCAGAGGGUUGCACAAAGCGACUUGGGAUGGUUGGUCAAGAGACUGCCUGCAGGAAUGGGGUUCUUUCCUCCGCCUGGCUAUCCCUAGCAUGCUGAUGCAUUGUCUGGAGUGGUGGUUGUAUGAGAUUGCAGGGUUCCUGGCAGGCAUCAUCAGUGAGACAGAACUUGGAGCACAGUCUAUAGUUUAUGAACUAGCUGCCAUUGCUUACAUGUUUCCAAUGGGUUUCUCUGUUGCUGCCAGUGUUCGCGUUGGAAAUGCUCUUGGUGCUGGGAACACAGAGCAAGCAAAACUGUCCAGCAAGGUGUCCCUCAUCUGUACACUUAUUGUCUCAUGUUCCAUUGGGACCUGUCUGGGUGUAGCUCGGGAUGUGAUUGGUUACAUUUUCACCACAGAGGAGGACAUUGUUCAGAGAGUGGCUGAUAUCAUGAAGAUGUACGGGUUCAUCCAUGUUCCAGAGGCCUUUGCUGGGGUGACAGGAGGCAUUGUCAGGGGAACAGGAAAGCAAAUGAUUGGAGCUGCAUUGAACUUGGUGGGAUACUACUUCAUUGGGUUCCCUAUUGGAGUGUCAUUAAUGUUCCCUGUCAAAAUGGGCAUUGUAGGACUUUGGACGGGGUUUUUAGUUAGUGUUGUGUUGCAGUCCAUAUUAUUUAUCGUUUUCCUCUGUAAACUUAACUGGAGGAAAGUCACUGAGGAGGCACUGAUUAGAGCAGGUGUUCAUAUUUCAGAGAAGGACAACAUGGCCCAGGAGUCUGGUGAGAAACAAGCCCACAUGAAAGCCAAUCCAUUCAGCUCUAAGAGUCCAAGGGGGGAGAAGCUGGAAGUGUUUGGCACUGAGGAGCAGAAUUCAGCUAAUGUGGCAUUGUCAGACAGGCAGCUGGUGGUACGACGCGGGCUCUCUGUGCUGCUCAUGUUUGUUGUGCUUGUUUCUGGAGUCUUCAUCAGUGAGAUGCUCAUCAGACAUUUCGAAAUACAUGAUUAACUGUUGACCACAGAUGUGUACUACGAGGCAAAGCUUGAUGAGGCUGAAAAGCAUCUAUUCAGGCUCUUGGAGUUCUUUCUGCAAUGUACAUGAGAUUCAGGUGAAUAGUUUUGUUUAUGGUGCAGACUGAUGUAUCUUGAUAGAUAUUUUAAAUCCUCUUCAAUAAAUGUUUAAAUAUGA